ACCGUCGCUGUUGUCCAAACAUUGCUUUUCCACUCAGAAAUUUUGAGAGUGGCAUGUGUUGGGUAUAUAAUAUGCUCAUGAAGCCUCGGAGGGUUUUGUUUAGGCCCAUCUUAAACAUAUAAAAUGUCUGUGCUGCGCAGGGCUAAAACAUGGGAAAUAUCUGAAUCCGAGGAAAGUGACACUGAGAAAAACCCGAAUAUAAACCGUGGUGAGGGCAGUCAAAUAAUAACAAUAGGCACAGAAUUCAUAGAGGAUCAGAGCUCAGAUCACAGGAGCAAACCCUCCCCAUCGUCAGAAACAAAGAGUGAAUCCGGUCAUGCUUCUGCUUUGUGUCCUCCGCGGCAAGACGGACGUGACACACCAAGUCCUGCAAGAAAACGUCGCACCAAGGAGGAGAUAGAAGCGGACAGACAGGCAGCCAAGGAGAGGAAGGAGGCGAGAGAGAGACAGAGAGCUGCCAGGGCCCGGGAGAAGGAGGAGAUGAGACAGGAGCAGCAGAGGAGGAGAGAGGCUGCUGACAACCUGAAGAGUCUCAGGCCGGAGAACUGCCUCAAGUGUCUUACUGUCUGCAUAGAUCCAGCUCUUCUGCAACAGGAUGGCUCAGACAUCCUGCUUGACACCUUGGCUACCUUUGAGUGGAGGUUCAGCAUUGAGAGCCAGCAGCUCCCACACAGCAUCACCUGGACCAGAGACUUACCUCAGUUGGAUCAUGGUCGAGGAGAUGAUGGAAGGGGCUCUGUGGAGGAGGAGCAAGCUGUUCUGGUGCUGGAUCUGCCUGACUUUAUGGACAUAGUGGCCUCUGUGAAGAAAAUGCUCGACAGUGAAGGGGAGGAAACAGAGGUGGGGUCCUUCCUCAGCUCUCUUUUGGAGUGUCUCAACAGGGACGCCAAGAAGGUGGUCACACUCUUAGUGACAGACUCUCAGCCAGAUUACAGCAGCACUUGUGGUGAACAUUUACUGGAUGAGACACUACACUCCAAAUUGGGGAUGGAGGAUUUGGACUUGGAGGAGGUUCUUGUGUACUUACAGCUCUGUAAGAAGAUCUCACUGGUCUUCCUGGAGGGCUGGCAGGAGGUCACUAACCAUGUGUGUGCUGUCACUAAGGCCUUAUCAAAGCGGCCUUUCAAACUGCUUACCGAGCGAGCGGAGCUGCCCUUCUGUGUGGAUGGUUCGUGGGCCAGUGGGGUUCGGGUGGAGAGGGACGGUUCAGGGCUGAUUCAGGUCUGGAACAGGCAGAUCCAACAGCUGAACAGAGUCAGCCCCGCGGUAGCCUCUGCUGUGACCGCGGCCUACCCGUCUCCUCAGCUGCUGCUGCAGGCAUACCAGAGCUUGGAGUCAGAGGGGGACAGAAAGGGGCUGCUGGCUGGUCUCUUAGUGAAGGGUGGAGGUAAAGAGCGGCGAAUAGGACCGGAGAUAUCAGCCAGAGUUUACCGCUGCUUCACAGCCCAGAACCCCCAGCUCGUCCUGGACUGAUUUGUCCACUUGAGAAUGAGAUGGACUUGGCUACUACUAUGCUAAUGUUUACAAGCUAAAACUAUGCAUUAAAUAUCAUGUUCAUCUUCCAGCUAAGCACUAUUUAUACUCCUCUGAACUUAAAGGAAUAGAAUAUGUUAAUUAGUAAAAUAAGGAAUUCUAUGACUGAUGUAUUUUUGUGUGGACUAUGUGAUUUUGUCUGUAUAUGAAUUAAGCCUGUAAAGAUGUUGCAAGAGGA